GCUACCCAGACGAACAAUAGCCUUUCCUCGCACUCGCUCCCCUGCAUUUACCAUUUUGCCCUCGUCGGCGGCGCCGACCAGCCGCCGCCGCGUCCGGCGAAACGACCGGCUGUAGGACCAAAGGGGUGCUCCAUGGCGGCCAUAUCGUCGCUUCCCUUCGCGGCGCUGCGCGGAGCCUCCGAGUGGAGGCUGUCGUCCACGGCGGCGGCCGUCUCCGGUACCGUCGUGCUCAGCGCGAGGGCUCGGCGGUCCUCGCGCUCGGUGGUGCGGUGUGUGGCCACGGCGGGCGAUGUCCCACCUACUGUUGCAGAAACAAAGCUGAACUUCCUUAAGUCAUACAAACGCCCUAUCCCAAGCAUUUACAGUACAGUCCUACAAGAACUUUUGAUUCAGCAACAUCUGAUGAGAUACAAAAGAACCUAUCAGUACGAUCCUGUGUUUGCUCUUGGUUUUGUUACUGUCUACGAUCAGCUCAUGGAAGGGUACCCCAGCAACGAGGACCGGGAUUCCAUCUUCAAGGCAUAUAUAACAGCGUUAAAUGAAGAUCCUGAUCAAUACAGAGCUGAUGCACAAAAGAUGGAAGAGUGGGCACGUUCUCAGAAUGGUAACUCGUUAGUUGACUUCUCCAGAGAUGGAGAAAUAGAGGCCAUUCUGAAAGACAUAUCAGAAAGGGCCAAGGGUACGGGAAACUUCAGCUACAGUCGGUUCUUUGCAGUUGGCUUGUUCCGUUUGCUUGAGCUUGCAAAUGCAACGGAGCCAACAGUUCUAGACAAGCUUUGCGCUGCAUUAAACGUCAAUAAAAGAAGUGUGGAUAGGGACCUCGAUGUUUACCGCAAUAUACUCUCGAAGUUGGUUCAAGCUAAGGAACUUCUCAAGGAAUACAUCGAUAGGGAAAAGAAGAAGAGAGAAGAAAGAUCAGAAGCUCCAAAGCCGAACGAAGCUGUUACGAAAUUUGAUGGAAACCUUUAUUCCAUGAGGCAUUAGGUCAGCCUUUCGCAGAGGAGGGUCACCACGGAUAACAGAAUUAACAGUAACAUCUGGACUGUAUCGAGAAAUAUCAAUCCUUUCACCACAGAGACAUCUUUGGCUGCUCGUCGUGUGGUGUAGCAUUCUGCCGUACAAAAGGAUGCAGAUUAUUCUUACUAUUGGACAGAUAUUUUGUAUUUAUCUCAUGUGUCUUCAAAUGUAUUCAUUCUCUUCGCUUGGUCGAAAGUAUAUGAAGAGGUAUGUGGGGAUCAAUGUUACUCAUAAGCUGAGAAAUAUAGCUUUCCUCUUUUUGUAUCUCGGUGGCGAUAACUCGAGGCUGUGUGUGUUCACUAGUAUAUUGUGAUGAUCAGUUGAUGUGUUGUUUAUCUGAA